AUGGUUCAGGCGGUGGCACCGGCAUCUCCCAAGGUCAAGGCUAGAGCUGAUGAUGGAGAUGACGAGAGAGCACAUCGGUACAAGUUUUUGCCAGCCAAGAUGGACUCGGAUCCGAUCCCCAUGUCGAUCGAAGGUGGACAUAUUAUCUCGAUCCACCAAUCACCCAAGUUGACGGUUGCUGAGACGAGGUUGCAGCCGUUGUCGUUGAUUGUUGCAUUGGAUGAGUUGGGAUUUGCGAAGGGUGAGAUUGUUGUUGAUGAUGGUACUUCGGUUAACAACAACGCGCAGGCGAACGUCUCGUGGGAGUUGCAUGGUGGACAGCAGUUGAUCAGUAAUGCGCUGUUCGUGGGAUCUGAGCAAGGUGCUGGUACGUUGACGGCGUCACAGGUGCAGGCGUUUAGGGCUUCGGUCGGGCAUUCGGAUCUGAUUGAGAAGGUUGUGAUUUUGGGAUUGAACUUUGCGCGGUUUGGAGGGGAGCAAGAUGUAGAUGUCGAUGCUGUUGCGGGACAGGUUGUCUUUGAUGUCACCAGUGCCGUGAAUGGACCUCGGCAGCCGCAGACGCAUCAGCAGUUGCACCGUCAAGGCCAGAAGAAGCACCAGCGUCGGGAUGAGACUGGCGCAAAGGCAGCCGCAGCACAGUCCCCAGCUCAACGCCCCAUCGUCGCCGCACGAGUGAACGCACUUGAGGAACUGAACAUUAACGGUGUCCCAGUCUCGUUUGGUGGCCAGGGUGGUGUUGCGCCUGUUAACCAGACCAAGGGAGUUGAUCCUGUGUCAGGAAUGGGGUGGGAGGUCAAUGAGGCUGUUGGGUCUUUGACGCUCACUGGGUUGAAGAUGGAUCUUUUUGCGGGCUGGUUCAUCCACUGGAAGCUUCAGUAG